GAUGGCGGCGAUGGCGGCGGUGGCGGCGGGGCCGUGAGGGGAGGGCGAGAGCGGCGGCUCCGGGGGCUCCGUGAGGGCUCUGCCCGGGGCGGGGCAGCGCCGGCAGUGCCGGGAGCGCUGAGGGGAAGGAGGCGGCCCCUCGGGGACGGCCCGUUCUUAGGCCGCGCGGCUGCUCCUCCCGGCCUUAGGGAGGAACAGGGCCGUUGCUAGGGAGCUCGGCUGGAUUUACUGUGUUUUUAAAGUUAAAACAGCCCAAGCUUUAUUAAUAAAUCGCCUCCGCGGCUCAGCUGCCCCGGUGCUUGACCCCCACAGCAGAGCCCGACAGAUUGAGGUCAUUGCUGGCUCUGCCAGUGAACAAAGUGAAACAAAAUGUUAAUAUCACGGCUGAGUUCCCAGUUACUGAAGGCUUCGAGAAUUGCAGGCCACCUCCUGCCCAGGUCGGUGUCGUCGCUGCUGUGCUGCCGCUCUCCAUCCGCACACUACAGCACCCAGCCCCCCAACCCUGCCGGGGCACAGCCGCAGCAGUGGCACACGCUGGACCCCGAGCUGGAGGAGAUCCUGGUGCCCAGGAAACUCUCCAUCAGCCCCCUGGAGAGCUGGCUGACGCUGAGGUACUCCCUCCCCAAAGCCCAGGGGGAGCAGGAGGAAGGGAGCCAUGAAAACCCGCAGCCCUCCGAGUGUCCCCCUGCUGCUGCCGGGACAGGGGAUGUGCAGGAGGGAGAGGGAGCCCUGCGUGAGGGGGUGCAGUGCAGGAACGUGCUGAAGAUCCGCAGGAGGAAAAUGAACAGGCACAAGUACAGGAAGCUGCUCAAGAGGAGGAAGUUCAUCCGCAGGAGGAUAAAGGAGGGGCGCAAGAAGAAGCGGCAGAUAAAAUUUGAGAAAGAUUUGGAGCGCAUCUGGAAAAAAGCUGGCUUGAAAAGUGCUCCUGCAGGGUGGCAAACCCCCAAGAUCUACCUGAGGAGUUCCAGGCGAUGAAAAAAACCCCACCUGUCACAAAUCUUAACCUGCAAUUGUAAUUAAAAAAAAUAUUUAAGUAUGUUGAUGACAUUUAACCUUUUUCUGACUGUGAUAAAAAGAGUAGGAAGGAGUUUUCCAGGGACAAACUGGUUUUCCUCCCCAGAGGAGAGGUGUGAGCAUUUUUCUGGUGGUUGCUGAAUUUCUGAAGUCCCUCUUUGAGAUGAGACUGAACCUGAGACAAAUCAGGUGUGGGAGGUGGGAUCAGUGAAAGAAUUCCUGUUGUUUAUGUGGCACAAACCUUGGGAAAAGUUCUUUUCUAGACCUCAUUCUUUCACAGCCUGACUGCAGAAAGGUUGGGAUUUUCCUGAGAGUUGUGGUGAGAUGGGAAUUGGAUCAGAAUUCCGGGGAAUUUACCUGCAAGAGCUUUUGUUGUCUCUUAUCUGGAGCCUCAGGCAUUGUAUGAGCAUCCUUAAAGGGCAUGUUCAUUUUGGUGUUCUAUUUUGUGCUAAUAAAAAAUGGUUAUUUUUGUCUU